UACAGAAUUUACGUCAAUAAAAUCAAAUACAACUUAUUUGGAUGAAAGUAAGCAGAAAGCAGAAAUAAAGAAAGAAGGAGAUUAUUGGAAAUCUCAAUUUCCUCAACAAUUAUCUAGCGAAUCACAUUCUUUACAGGAUUAUAGACCUACAUAUUCUCACGAUUAUAAAAAAAAUGACGAACGACAGCACGAUAUUAUAAUAAAUACUUCAGUAUCAUUAACUUCAUCUAACGAAUCUUUUGAUACUUCUCCAACACCACCACAAUUUAACAAAAGGCGACAAGACUCGUUUGAAUCUUCGCGAGAAGGAAUGGCUUCUGCUACAUAUCCAUUAUAUACUUCACCUUAUUUUCAAUACCCAACAAAUAAUUCUCUCUCGCAACAUGGGAUUUAUAGUUCACGAGCAUCAGAUUAUUCAUCCUCACAAUCAAUUUGUUCACCUCAUAUUAUAAAUACAAGCUCAGUUGGUCGGAAUUUAAAUGAUGAUGAAAUGAAUGUUCAAAAAGCAAUUAAAAUAGAAUCUAUUGAGGAACAACUAUUAAUGCAGUGGACUGGCUCUUUAGUUAAAGGCCAGUCUGCUCAAUAUGUUGGGCGAGUUGUGGUUAGACCUUUGAAAGAAAGAUGCGAUAGCAUUGAUUAUAUAAAUACUAUAAUGAAUCAACAUAAAUUAUGGAUGCGAAAUGUGCUACCACAACCGUAUGCAGAGAGAUUAGUAGAUCCCAAAGAUUCAAUUAAAUAUCCAAUCUUUUUAAUGGAUUUUAUUGAUGACGGAAAUGAUAACACACGGAAAACAAUAGAAACUGAUCUUUUUGGGAUGAAAUGGAAUGAAAUUGUAGGUGUUAUCUGGCUUAAUGACGCCUCGAAUUUAUGUUGGCUAGUUUUCCCAAACUCUCAACGAACAUCAACCCAACUAAGAAUUGUGCCACGCCCAGUAGAAAAAUUUAUAAUCAUUCCAAAAACUAUAUACAUAGAUGAAAAUACGCCAUUUGGCUAUCUUGAUAGUCUUAAGCAAUCUGAUUCACAAACGGUGGCCAUUACUCAAGAUCCUAUAAUUCAAGAACGGCUUACAGAUGAUUUAUAUUACGCAACUCAAGUAUCAAUACUAUCAAAUAGCUAUUAUGCUUUACCAGAAUUAUGUAGGAAUAAUCCACGUUUUGGUGUGUUUGGUCCAAGAGAAAAUUUUGAAGUUAGAGAAGUUAUUGAAGCUGUUAAAUUUUUUGGUGGAGCACAUGAUCAAGACUUUGAAAGCCCAGAUUUGAGUCUUAUAUUAAUUCACGUUAAUUACUUGGACCGAGUCAACUCCAUACCGCGAUUAAUUGAUCUUAAGUAUAAACAGGAUUGUAAAUUUCAUAUAUUCGGAUGUGAUUUAUACUCACCUGAUCCUGUUAAUCUUGUUGAAUGUUUUCCUUCUG